AUGAAUUCCUACCGGGAGAUAAACCCUCCAGCUCUAAAUUCCGACUUCGAAUCUAGGUUUCGGAGCGUGUUCAACGUGGGAUUUCCGACAGUUUUGUCGCCGUUGCCGCCGACAGAUACCGAUCCGACGGGCUGCAUGGCAUGGCUGGACGAGAGGGAUUCUAGGUCAGUUGUAUACAUUGGCUUUGGAACCGAGUUUUCGCCGCCUAAUGAUGAGAUAAUAGCAGUGGUGGAGGCAUUGGAAGAGACUAAACUCCCUUUCCUUUGGUCUCUAAACGACAACCUGAGGAAUGUCAUUUUGCCAAAGGGGUUUGUUGAGACAAGAGAGCGGGGGAAAGUUGUGCCUUGGACGCCCCAGAGACAAGUACUGGCGCAUGAUUCGGUACGGGUGUUUGUGACGCUCUGCGGCUACAAUUCGACGGCGGAGAGCGCCGCGAACGGCGUGCCGAUGAUCUGCAGGCCUCUGUGGGCAUUUCAUGAAUGCGAAGAUGGUGGAGAAAGUGUGGAGGAUUGGAGUGAGAGUUGA